CAAAGCCAUUGACCUUUGCUGAUUGUGUUGGGGACGAACUUCCUUUAGGAUGGGAAACCGUAUAUGAUAAACAAAUUGGAAUUUAUUAUAUGGACCACAUAAAUAAGCUUACCCAGAUUGAGGAUCCAAGAGAACAGUGGAGGCGAGAGCAGGAGCGGAUGUUGAAAGAGUAUUUAAUUGUAGCCCAGGAGGCUCUCAAUGCCAAGAAAGAAAUCUACCAGAUCAAGCAGCAGCGAUUGGAACUGGCUCAGGAGGAAUACCAGCAGCUGCACACACUAUGUGAGGAUGACAGCCGCUCAUAUGCCAGCUCCUACUCUGGAUAUUCAGCAAAUACAAAGUAUGACCCACACCAGAUUAAAGCAGAAAUAGCAAGUCGUCGGGAUAGGCUUUCCAGAUUAAAACGGGAGCUGGCCCAGAUGAAGCAGGAGCUACAGUACAAAGAAAAGGGUGUGGAGACCCUGCAAGAGAUUGAUAGGAAGAUGUCAAGUGCUCAUACCAACUACAAACUAGAUGAGGCACAGGCUAUAAUGAAUGAGCUCCGGACCAUCAAGAAAGCCAUCUGUACAGGCGAGAAGGAGCGGCGGGACCUGAUGCAGAGCCUGGCCAAGCUUACGGAUAGCUUCAAGAAUAGCUGCUCCCUUGGUGACUUCCUCCCUGAUUUACCUUCCAAUGCUGGUGUACUUGGUGAUUCCGGGGCAACACAGCACUUCUGCGAUGCCGGCUCCCAGACUGAGGCCAUAGGGGAGUUUGUCUUUGAUGACAAAACAAGACUUGUAGACCGAGUCAGACUUAACUGGCAGUAUGAAGAAGCCCGAAAGAGAGUCUCGAAUAUUCAGCAGCAGCUGGCCCAGCUUGCAAACGAGUCGUGGCCGGGCAUGGCCGAGGCCGACAGGGACCGGCUGCAGCUCAUCAAAGAGAAAGAGGCCCUGCUUCAAGAGCUGCAGCUCAUCAUUCAGCAGCGGAGGUCAGCUGAAGACAUGUCCCGGCUAGAGGAAGAGAAGCGACGCUUGGAGGAAGAGAUCCAGCGGGCGCGGGCCACAUCGGCACAGGGUGCCACGGAAAGGAUUCUACUUCAGGAAAAGAGAAAUUGUCUACUUAUGCAACUAGAAGAAGCCACUCGCUUAACUUCUUAUCUCCAGUCCCAGUUAAAAAGUCUGUCUGCCAGUACUCUGACUGUGUCCUCCGGGAGCAGCCGCGGGUCGCUGGCCUCCAGCCGGGGCUCGCUGGCCUCGAGCCGAGGUUCCCUGAGCUCGGUCAGCUUCACCGACAUCUAUGGCCUCCCGCAGUACGAGAAGGCCGAUGCUGAGUGCGGCCAGCUCCUGCGCUUUGAUCUGAUUCCCUUCGACACCCUGGGACGGGAUGUCCCCUUUGCAGACCCACCUAGCCACUCAGGCUUCCACAAGCAGAGGCGGUCCCUAGACACCCCCCAGUCCCUGGCAUCGCUAUCUUCCCGUUCCUCCCUGUCUUCUCUGUCACCCCCCAGCUCGCCCUUGGACACGCCCUUCCUCCCAGCUUCGAGGGACUCACCUCUGACGCAGUUGGCAGAUAGUUUUGAGGUGCCAGGCCUGGGUGCUCUAGACAGACUGCGAGCACAGGCCUCUGCCCUGGGGGAUGAAGAUUUGCAGGGCCCAGCGCCACUUCAACCACAUGGAUUCCCUGGGGACACAGAAGGCCCACGUGAGCGGGGACCCCCAGGGGCCGGAGCCCCUGCCACUGGAUCAGUGACUCUCCGGGAAGACAGCGCCAAGAGACUGGAGAGAAGAGCGCGCCGUGUCUCUGCCUGCCUUUCGGAUUACUCACUUGCAAGUGAUAGUGGAGUAUUUGAACCUUUAACCAAAAGGAAUGAAGAGGCUGAGGAGCCUUCUUGUGCAGACUCCUGCAGUAUUGAUGAGCCUCAGAUCCACGUGGGAUUUCUACACGACAGUGCCAGCGAAUGUCUCCUUGUGCACGUGCUCCAACUGAGGAACUUUGCCAGGCUGGUGAUGAGAGAAGACUACAAAAUCCACAUCCGCGUCUAUCUGCCCCCACUCGACUCUGGCACUCCCAAUACCUACUGCUCCAAGACUCUGGAAUUCCAAGCCCCGCUGGUGUUUAACGAAGUGUUCAGAAUCCCUGUGCAUUUCAGCAUGUUGACAGUGAAGUCACUUCAGUUAUAUGUGUGCUCAGUGAAUCCUCAGAUGCAGGAAGAAUUGCUGGGCAUUGCUCAGAUAAACUUGGCUGACUAUGACAGUUCAAGCGACAUGCAGCUGCGCUGGUACCCAGUACAGGUCUUUGCCAGCUCCGAGCCACCCAAGACAAAGGAGAAUGGGCGUUCAGGCAAUAGUGCCACCCAGGACCCUGUGCAUGUCAGCUCCGGGACAACGGAUGCAGUGACAGCGCUGCUGGCCAGAACCACGGCCCAGCUGCAGGCAGUAGAAAGAGAGCUGGCUGAGGAGCGUGUGAAGCUGGAGUGCACUGAGGAGGGUAUCCUGGAGAUCCAGCGGAAGGAAGAGCAGGCCGAGGCUGUGUCCGAGAGGAGCUGGCAGGCUGACUCAGUUGACAGUGGCUGCAGCAACUGCACCCAGACCAGCCCCCCAUACCCAGCAGAGCCCUGUGUUGCUGUCAACUCCAUUCAUGGACACAAGUUUGCUGGCCAGACAGAUCCCUACUGUCCCGAGAAACGUCAGCUCCCACCUAUUAAGGUUGACAAGGAAACCAACACAGAAGAUCUCUUCCCAGAAGAAGCGGCAAGCAUCCUGAAGGAGCGACCCGGACGCCGGGCCCGUGGUUCGCCUUUUGUUCGCAGUAGUACUAUUGUCCGUUCUCAGACUUUCUCGCCCGGAGCACGAAGCCAGUAUGUUUGCCGACUUUAUCGUAGUGACAGUGACAGUUCAACACUUCCCCGGAAGUCUCCCUUUGUCCGAAAUACUCUGGAAAGACGAACCCUUCGCUACAAACAGUCCUGCAGGUCCUCCCUGGCCGAGCUCAUGGCCCGUACAUCCCUGGACCUGGAGCUGGAUCUCCAGGCAUCAAGAACACGGCAGAGGCAGCUGAAUGAGGAGAUCUGUGUCCUCCGUGAGCUGAGGCAGCGUUUGGAAGAUGCCCAGCUCCGAGGCCAGACCGACCUCCCCCACUGGGUGCUCCGGGAUGAGCGAUUCCGCAGCCUGCUGAAGGAAGCAGAGAAGCAGACAAGACAGACCAAACUUGACUACCAUCAAGAGCAAGCAGCUGAGAAGAUGCUGAAGAAGGCCUCCAAAGAGAUCUACCAGCUGCGUGGGCAAAACCACAAAGAACCUAUCCAAGUGCAGACCUUUAGGGAGAAGAUAGCAUUUUUCACAAGACCAAGGAUUAACAUACCUCCUCUCCCAGCCGACGACGUUUGAUGUAGUGCGUUGUGCACAUGAAGUAUUUAUCUGCCUGUUUUAUUUUCAUGAAGUUCUUAGAUUAGCUAAAUUUGUCUUUUAAAAUAUUUGUGCAAAGCUAUUAAUAUACACAUUUUGUAAAGAAACAUAUAUCUAUACAUAUAUAUUUUAUAAUAGUGACAGCAACAGGGCUUGGUUUUUCCUUGUUGUGAAAUCGACAUCUCUGAAGACAGGUUAUUUUAUAAAAGAUCAACUAUCAUGUUAAGAGUGUACAGUUUUUACGCUGUUUUAUUUGACUUAAAGGCUGGAAGACAGAAACGAAGUGAGUUCAGGCAAAUUCACUGUAUUGUAAUUUAUUUAUAGUACUUUUUUUUCCUUGAAGGAAAAUACUGACUUUAAGAUGUAUUUUAAGACUGAAAUUUUGUUCUUCAGUGUUGUCAUGGAGUAGAAUGGGACUUGGGGCCGGUUUUGUUUCUGACACCCGAAACACAAACACUAUGUACUAAAUUUGUCACUUGUAUCCGUUUCUCAUAGGCGCAUGUGUCAUGUAUAUCGUACAUUCUCGCUCUCUUGUGUCAUGUUAACACAUCAGCUGCAGUGGUUCAGUCCUGAUUCAUAAGCCAUGUGUGCGGUGCUGGGCUCAGUGUCCCGUGUAUACUGGGCGCUCAUUGCUCUUCAUUGCCGUGUUGUUGUCUGAUGCAUCUUUUUGUGCUUCCCACGAGUCUGAAGCUGGUGACAGAACCUCCGGCGUCCCAGGUUUCAACCUGCCUGUCCACGGUAGCUGUCCACACUGCCUGUACUUGUCAGAUCGAAUGCAGCCCAACUCUCGCACACUGCCUCUCAUCCUAAGGGAUGAGGUGCAGGUGGGCUCCUGCUUCCUGAAGGAAAGCUGAGAGGGAGCUCAGGGUGCACACUCGCAGUGUAGCCGAGGGUAAAGACAGCAUCAUGGCAUAGACAUAACCUUGGAAGUUGCUUUUUUUGUGUGGAGAGGACAUGUGGGUACCUUGAGUUACCCAGUGAGUCAUUUAUAGGAGAGUGUUUGAAUUAAAUCAGAAUGCCCCCCCCAUAUUGGAGUCUACCCAAGGUUCUUCACCAAAUCUUAGAACUAGCUCAUGAGCAAAAAAAUUAAUGUCACGAAAUAUGCCAUUGUUAUUCUUUUAAAUGCCAAAUGAUAGAGAUCGUUUGCCUAGUACAUAUUUAUUACAUGUGAAAUGCACUCUCCUUUCUGAGACCUUGGAGAAGUGAAUGAGAUAGUCACAGGAAAUGUCAAAGAAAACAGAACGUUCUUUUCCUUGAUCUUUCUUCCCCUCCCUUAGAAAUGUCCCUUUUAAUCAGGUCUUUCUUCUCGUUGAUCUGUAACCCCUCCCCUUCCCCCUAUAACCCACUUUCCUUUUUACAUUUAUUAAAAAUGAAUUUUGUAAAAGUGUUUCAUUGACAUGUGACCAAUCACAGACGAAGGAAUUUGUCAGUGGUGGUGAGACUGAAAACUUUAUGCUUUUCAUGGUUGUCAUCUCUUGCUAUGUAUUCCUGCUUCUAGUCUUGCUUUUCUUUUUUUUUUUUUUUUU